AUGGAAAAGGUGUGUGAAGAAGACGAAACCGACACCGUGAAGGUCAACAAGCAAGAGAUUACCUCUUGUGAUCUCUUGAGUAAGGAGGAAGAAAAGGACACCUCUUGUGCCCUUAAAGAAGUUGAGAAAGAAACGCCACCAUCAAAAAGCAAGGCUCAAACACCUCGUAAGGCAAGAUCUAGUAACCUACAAGAUUUUGAAUAUGAAGGAAGGGAAGAUUUUAUUUUGAAUACUCUUCAUUGUGCAUGUUUUGUUAAUGAAGACUUUGAUAGUGAUGAAGAGGAGGUUUUACCUCAAAUCCAGCUUGGUGCAGAGGCAUCGGCUAUCCUUCACAAAGGAUGCCCAAGCAAGCAAGGUGAUCCCGGUGCAUUCUUUGUGAAGUGUGUUAUAAGAGAUUGUGUUUUCAAAGAUGCCUUAGUCGAUUUGGGAGCCUCCAUUAAUAUCAUGCCUUCCCAUAUCUUUGAAAGGCUCAAGUUGCCUUAUAUAGCUCAUACACCACUUGUUGUUCGGUUAGCCGAUGAGACCAGUCGUUACCCCCGAGGUUUGGUUGAGAAUGUACUUGUCAAAGUUGGAAGAAAUCUUGUACCGGUCGAUUUUAUGGUGUUCGAUGUCGGAAAAGAUUUAGAGGUGCCAUUGAUUUUAGGAAGACCGUUUUUGGCAACUUGCCGUGCCCUAAUUGAUAUAGGGACGGGAAAGCUCAUCUUUUGA